AUUCUAUAUACAACCAACAACGACCUUUGGUGUGCUUUUAAAUAUACCACCAUGGCUGGCUAUUUCAUGAGCUUUUAUAUUUUCGCCAUGUUAUUUGAAGGAAUUUUAUCUCAUGGAAGAAUGAAUGAUCUUCCAGGAAGAAGUUCACUGUGGCGAGAAUUUCCUAAUGCUCCCAAAAAUUACAAUGAUAUGGAAGUUUAUUGUGGUGGAUUGACCAAUUUGUGGGAUGUAAACGGUGGUAGAUGUGGUGUUUGUGGAGAUCCUUAUCAGUCACCUAUACCCAGAGAUAAUGAAGCUGGUGGAAAAUAUGGUCGUGGCAUCAUAGUUCGCACCUACCAACGUGGUCAAGCUCUCAAGGCAAAGAUUCAACUGACGGCCAAUCAUGGUGGCUAUUUUGAAUUUAGAAUAUGCCCAACCAAUAGUAAUUUUAUAAGAGCUACGGAGCAAUGUAUGAACCAAUAUGUUCUACGUACCAAUCAGGGUUAUACUUAUCCUGUCAAUAAAAAUAACGACAACUACGAAAUAGAUGUGUAUCUACCACAAACGCUAGUAUGUAGCCAAUGUGUGUUCAGAUGGAAAUACAUUGCAGCACAAAAUAUAGGAUACGGCAAUAAACAAGAACAUUUCUACAGUUGUGCUGAUAUAUCCAUAAAUGGUGGUGGUGUCGUCACUUAUAGUCCACCGAUUACACAACGACGUACAACGCCUUAUGUACCCCCGAUUACACAACGACGUACAACACCUUAUGUACCACCACCGAUUACACAACGACGUACAACGCCUUAUGUACCACCGAUUACACAACGACGUACAACGCCCUAUGUACCACAUACACAGCGACCAUAUCCCAUAGACAAUCGAAAACCAUGUGAAAAUAUUUGUAUAUUUUACUGUAGAAUAGAGCAAAAUUGUCCAGCUCUAUGCAGAAACUGUCGCUUACCUCGUAGAUAG